GGCAGUGUUCCUUGUCCAUAUAUAGAAAUACCGGUCAACAUCGUCACAGCCACUCAUACGCACAUCACAGUGCUCAGAUGCUGAUGCUGCCGUCGCCGGUUCUGACGUUGUACUUUCUACAAAUAAUCUUCCUAUGUGAUGCUGCAUUUACGCGACACAGAAGACCUUUCUUAGGAUCUAGAGGGAGGCUGCUUGGAGGAAGUCAUAGCCGAGUUUUCAACGGUCAUCGAGGAAAUUUUGGCAGAAGCGUGAACGGAGGAAUUUCAAGGGGUACUCAGCCUUUGCACGGAGGACCUCAAAAAAUUCCGCCCCGCGGAGAGAUGGGAAGAAGAUUUCACCCACGCUAUCAAGAAGCUAUGAAAAGCCAUGGCUACGAUUUAGGACGUUACCGUGGAGGGAGUUCUCGAGAAUGGAGCCAGCACCGCCAAGAACUAGACUACCGGGAAACUUCUCAUAACCCAAGUUACCGAGGGGGUCUAGACCAUAAGUGGGAUCGAGGCAACGGCCGUAAUUAUGAUCCACGUUACCGUCAAAGCCAAACUCGUAACGGGGGUCAAAUCGAGAGUCGUAGCACUGCAAGAGGCUUCAGUAGAGGCUCUGUAGGAGUGGGUUAUCGAGGAAAUCUUUACAACAACUUCUUUGCAAACCCUCUAAGGAACGGUUAUUGGUCAAGAUAUGGAAGAUACUAUAGACCAGGCUUCUUUGGAAGCCGUUAUAGAACAGGCUACGGCGGAUUUUAUCAUCCUGGAUUAGGGUUAAACCCUGAAAUCGACGAAAACAGAUCAAGCUCUGAAAUCAACACAGGAAGAGAUCCUUCAGCUCGAAAUACGGGGCGUAACCUGGAGCAAUCUUCUUUGCAAGGAAGCGACCGGUUCUUCUCAGGCAAUGCCGGAGAACGAGGAAAUAUAUGGGGAAGAGACCGUUCUAGGAACUUUUCAAGAGGAGGAGGUGCAGGAAACAUGGCGGAAAGAAGUCGUUUUGGAAACCUCCCAUCGAGAGGGAGAGGAUUUAUAAUAGGAGGCCGUAACAUGAACACAUUAGAAGAGAUAAGAAUAGGAGGAAGAGGAGGAACGAGCAUAAUCGAAAGAGGACGUAACGAAGACCUUCCAGCAAAAGCAGAAGAAGUACCUGAAGGUGAUUCUGGAAAUAUAAUAGUAGAAGAACGAGAAGAAUCAGGAGAAAGAGGGACAACAAGAGGACUUGUGGACAGAGGAAUUAUCGAAAAAUCUUCAGAUAGAGCAGGAAAAAGUUCUGCUGAAAGAGGUCGUUCCAGUAAUCUUCCAGAGAGAGCAGAAGGAGCUGCAGAUGGAAAAGAGCUUUUAAGAAACCCAACAGAGUUAGAAAGAGUAGGAGCAAAAAGAGGAGGAGCAGAAAAUUUGUUGGGUCGAGAACGUAGCGGAUUUCCAGUAAGAUCAGAAGAAAGCUUGGCUGGAACAGAUCGUUCUGGAAGUUCGGCAAAAGAAGGAAUGGAAAUGAAGAAAAACGGAGCAGGUAGUAUCAUAGAAAGAGGUCAUUUUGAGAACUUCCCAGGAGGAACAGGAAGCGUGAAGGAAAGGGAUCGUUCCGGAAACUUAGUAAAAGAAGAGAGGAAUGAAAGGAAUCGCUUCGGAAGCUUCGAACGAAGAGCAGGAGGAGGAAGCGCUGUUGAGAAGGUCCGAUCCGAAACAGUAGGAGAACGACGUGCAGGAAUGGAAAGAAGCCGUUCUGAAAACAUAUUAGGAAGAGAAGCGAACGUGGCGGAAACACACCGUACUGAAAACUUUGCAGAUGUUGGGAGAUCAGAAGAAAGUGCAGCCGAAAGAGUUCACUUUGGAAACUCAGCAGGAGAAGGAAGAUUGGGAAAAACAGGAGAAAGAGGCACCUCUGAAAACGUAGCUGAAGGAAGAGAAGGAAAAGCAGUAUCAGAAGGAUCUUUCAACUUCAAUAGACGUGAUUUCUACGAUGGCUUUUACGAUGACUUCAUGAGAUACAGCUUAAUAGGAGGAACACUUUCGGGAGUAUCGGGUAUAACAAUGGCUGCAUCAACCUUAGGUGCAGGAGCAAUUCAAUCGCAGAUUAUGCAGAAUUCACGAAGAGAGCAGCUAACGCAGGACAUACAGGCUCAACAGAACACGACAAGAAAGUCUGAAUCAUGCGUCGCGACAUUCGCGUAUAUGGCUAUGAACGGCUCUCCAGUCUAUAAGUGCGAGUGUUCUGGAGGAAUUUCUUAUCAGUAUAACAGAUGUGUGGCUCCUGGCGGUUAAUUUUUUUUGAAAAAGAUCAUAGAUUUACCAAUUUAUCUAGUGACGGGCUUGUUAUGAUUGAGAUCCUCUCUUUUUGUGUUUCCUCUCAGGUAUGAGACUGUAUAACUGAUGCUGUACAAAGCGCAUAAAUAUCUGUAUUGCUGUGUUGCU